AUGAACUACAAGGCCAAGCAACAGGGUGAGCGCCCCGUGUUUUUUGAGAGUAAGGUGAAGAAUUAUGCGUUUGCGAAUGAGAGUACGGUUUUGAAGAAGCUGAAGCCGAGUCCAGAGGCGACGGAGGGGUUUUGUACUGCCGAGGGGAAGUAUAGAGAGCCUGAGGGGGGUUGCAAAGUUGGGGUUGCGGGGAGGGAGAAGAAGAUGAAGGAGAGGAGGAAGCAGCAGGAAUGGAAGGAGGGAGAUGAGGAGCGGAAGAAGGAGAAGGGAAAAGGCAAAGAGAAGGAAAAGAAGGGGGACGAAGAACAGAGAACUGAUUUCCUUCGGGUGAUUCAAGGGACCCAGCGAAGCCAACAAAGUCUGCUUCGGAGGGCUGAGAAUCUUGGGCAGGCCCAAACACCUCAGCGAAUCCCUCAAAUCAAAAUCAACGGACUGGAACAAUUUGAACACCCGGAGCAAGUCCAAGGAACCCAACCAAGCCAACAAAGCCCAAAGCAGGCGGUUAAGCGAGUAGCACCAACCGGCCACAUCCAAAAACCCCAUCGAGUUCAAGCCCACCACUCAACAUCCUCGCACCCAGUGACUCAGCCGAGACCCGCUCAGCCGCAGCGAAGCCACCAAAUCCCAUCGCCGAGGCGGAUGGGGGAAACUUAUCAAGGCCAGCAGAUGCACCAGCUCCAGCAAGUCCAACGGGGAUUCGAACAAACGCUGCCUUUCUCGCCAGCACACGUUCCAGGCCAGGGAGUCCAAUAUAUAGCGCAACAAGCCCAGAUCUCCCACACGCCUGUGAAUUCCCCAGUUCCUCGGCCACAACAGCAACAGCAGUUCUUUUCCCCUUCGUCGGCAGCAAGGCGAGGACAUAUUCGCUAUCCAACGCGCUACGGAACCGCAGGAGACCCGGCCUUGCAAGUUGUCCGGAAUUUCCAGAAUUUGCAGGAUCGUAAGGAUACUGGUGGAGAAUGA